AUGUUCAGAAAAACUCUAAAUUCAAUCUCAAGAAGACACUUCUCUUCGUCUUCUCCUGAAAGUCCUUCUCUUUACUCAUUCCUUAAACCCUCUCUCUUCUCUCACAAGCCAAUCACUCUCUCACCAUCACUAUCGCCGCCUCAAAACCCCAAAACCCUAACUCCAGAUCAAAAAUCCUCCUUUGAAUCUACCCUCCACGAUUCCUUAAAUGCCCAUUACACCGAUGAAGCAUGGAAGGCUUUUCGGUCUCUCACCGCCGCUUCUUCUCUACCGGAGAAGCGUCUCAUCAAUUCCCUUAUUACCCAUUUGUCCGGUGUCGAAGGAAGCGGUGAGAGUAUAUCUCAUAGACUUAAACGAGCUUUUGCUUCUGCUGCUUAUGUAAUUGAGAAAGAUCCGAUUUUGCUUGAGUUUGAGACUGUUCGUACGCUUUUGGAGUCGAUGAAACUUGCGAAAGCUGCAGGGCCUGCUUUGGCUUUAGUGAAGUGUAUGUUUAAAAACAGGUACUUUGUUCCUUUUGAUCUCUGGGGGCAUUUGGUUAUUGAUAUCUGUCGUGAAAAUGGAAGCUUGGCUCCGUUUCUUAAGGUGUUUAAGGAAAGUUGUAGAAUUUCUGUAGAUGAGAAGCUUGAGUUUAUGAAACCCGAUUUGGUAGCUAGUAAUGCGGCUCUUGAAGCGUGUUGUCGACAGAUGGAAUCUUUGGCUGAUGCUGAAAAUGUGAUUGAAUCUAUGGCUGUUUUAGGUGUGAAGCCUGAUGAAUUGAGCUUUGGGUUUCUUGCUUAUUUGUAUGCGAGGAAGGGGCUUCGAGAGAAGAUUAGUGAGCUUGAGAAUUUGAUGGAUGGUUUUGGUUUUGCAAGUAGAAGAAUCCUUUAUUCUAAUAUGAUCAGUGGAUAUGUUAAGAGUGGUGAUUUAGAUAGUGUUUCUGAUGUUAUAUUGCAUAGUCUUAAAGAAGGUGGAGAGGAAUCGAGUUUCAGUGUGGAAACGUAUUGUGAAUUGGUUAAAGGGUUUAUAGAGAGUAAAAGCGUUAAGAGUUUAGCGAAAGUGAUACUCGAAGCUCAGAAGUUGGAAUCUUCUUACGUUGGUGUUGACAGUUCAGUUGGGUUUGGAAUCAUAAAUGCUUGUGUAAAUCUUGGUUUCUCGGAUAAAGCACAUAGUAUUCUCGAGGAAAUGAUUGCUCAGGGAGGAGGAUCUGUAGGGAUUGGGGUUUAUGUGCCAAUCUUAAAAGCUUAUUGCAAAGAGUACAGAACAGCUGAAGCUACUCAGCUGGUUACAGAGAUCAGCAGCUCUGGGCUUCAAUUAGACGUCGAGAUCUCUAACGCUUUGAUCGAAGCUUCCAUGACGAAUCAGGAUUUUAUAUCUGCGUUUACAUUGUUUAGGGAUAUGAGAGAAAAUAGAGUGGUGGAUUUGAAGGGGAGUUACUUAACAAUAAUGACAGGUCUUCUUGAGAACCAGAGACCUGAGUUAAUGGCAGCGUUUCUAGACGAAGUUGUUGAAGACCCUCGUGUUGAAGUGAAUUCCCAUGAUUGGAAUUCGAUUAUUCAUGCCUUUUGUAAAUCCGGGCGUCUGGAAGAUGCACGGAGGACAUUCAGAAGGAUGGUUUUCCUACGUUAUGAGCCAAACAACCAGACAUACUUAUCUUUGAUUAAUGGAUAUGUGAGCGGGGAAAAGUACUUUAACGUCCUGCUCUUGUGGAACGAGAUUAAAGGUAAGAUAUCGUCGGUGGAGGCAGAGAAGAGGUCCAGACUAGAUCAUGCUCUAGUCGAUGCAUUCUUGUACGCAUUGGUGAAAGGAGGAUUCUUUGAUGCAGCGAUGCAAGUGGUAGAGAAAUCUCAGGAGAUGAAGAUAUUUGUGGAUAAGUGGAGGUAUAAGCAAGCGUUCAUGGAGACUCACAAGAAACUCAGAUUGCCAAAGCUGAGGAAGAGGAACUACAAGAAAAUGGAAUCUCUUGUUGCCUUCAAGAACUGGGCUGGUCUCAACACAUGA